AUGACUGACGUUCCUCUUCCUGAAUGCCUUCCAAAGCCAGAAGAACCGAAAGCUGCAGAACCACAACAGUCUCCUCAGCAACCUCAGUUCCAGCAAGUCCCUCCACCAAAUUACUACCAAUUUCCAUCUCAAGGUUACUACCAAUUUCCACCUCAAGGUUACUACCCACCACAAGGCUUCCCGAACUACCCUCCUCC